AUGGGCUUGAACUCACCGAAUCACGGCGUUAUGCCGACACAAGAUAUCUGGAAUGCACCCAACGGAGAUCCGCUCGAGAGCCAGCGCAUCUGGGGCGACACUAGCUUUCCUCCGCCACCUAUUAAUAACGGUUAAAACUUUUUCGUACUUUUUGAAUUUUUCUUUUGAGAAAAAGUAAAAUGUUUACCUUCCAGAGAAAUUAUUUCAGUCAUACUAUUAAAAACAAAACAAUCAGGUCUUCUCUAGUUGUUACUUCCUAUUGACGAAGUUUUCGCUUGAAAAAAUUUAAGUUAUCCUUUUUCUUCACUUUUAGAUUAUUGAAUUGUUGACUUUCCACUUCACUUUUUUCACUUUUUGAUAAAGUUGGGUAUUUUAAUUUAAUUCAGUUUAAAAACGUGCAGCUAUCGGUUAGAUCUAAAACUUUCUUCUCAGAAACAUCCGGAAAUUCUUGGCGCAAAAUUCGUUUUUUUUUUUUCAGGAAAUUUUAUGCUUAGCACACGUAAAGACGUCGAUGUUGGAGACGCAGAUUGGCGCGUUGCGAGUGCGGCUGGCCAUAAUUUGCGCCAGGUUUGGAACGACACCCCGGUCUUCGAAAUGUCCUGGAAACCGCCUCAGGUAAUUUCUCUUUCAAAUGAUUUUUCCUUCGAAGAAACCUUCUCAUCACUUGUUAUCUGAUUAGUUUUUUUGCGAAGAAAAAGACAUCUUUUUUUCUCACUUUUUUUCAAAGUUUUUCACGAAAUUCAUGACCAAUAGUUAUUCAUUUUUUUAUUGAUUGUUCCUUGAAACUUCAUUGAUAAGUUUCAUACCCCGUUUCGGUCUUUCAUUUUUCGACAAAUGCAGUUUCAGCUUUUUCCAAAAAAACUUCAACAAAGCCUGUAGAUUUUUCAUUAAUUAUCUGAAUUUCUGUGCAAACGCAAUUUUUUCUUAUUUUUUUCUUCCGGUUAAAAAAUGAAACUGGUUUCUUUUUUUGUUUCUGCCCUCACAUUCAAUUUUCUAAAAGUACUUUCGCAAAGAAAUAAAUUAUAUAGUUUUUGCAUUGGUUUCUUGAACCAAAUAAAGUUUCUAAAAAAAAUCAAGGUCAUGUUCAACUCAUAAACAUUCAAAUUUUGUAUUUUUUUUAUUGAAAAAAGUUUUGUAGACUGUAAAGAAAAUUGAUUUAUUAAAACAAAAGAACACGUAAGUAAGUAAAAAAAAAAUUUCCAGAGAAAAGAUUCAGUGAGCUCUACCUGAGAACAUUCUUGAAAUAGAGAGAAAAAAAAAUAAAGAACCAGACUUUUUGAGGGCGUCUACGAAGAUGGAGCAGUGAUGAACGGAGAAGGUCACGGAUGGCCGCCUUCGAAUCCCCGCGGACUCCCGCCGCAGUCCAUCCCCAGACACCGCGGCCGCGGUUCCAUGCCUCCAGGUUAAAUUCCUUCGUUUUCUCUUUUUUUUUUCAGAAAUAUUUUUCUCCUUUCGGAUUUCGCAAUAAAUCGUCAUAGUUCAUUCGAAUGAAUAGUCUCCGGAAAAUACUAAGAGAAUUGUGUGAUAAAAAGUUUAUAGUCUAUUCAAAAUAGAUGUCUUUGGUACUUUCCCAACUAUGGUCAGAUAAUUGUGAAAGAAUCGACUUCUCAUGCGCAUGUCCUUCAAUUUUAAACACCUCUUAAAGCUUUUUUUUUCAGGGGAACAUAGUUGGUUUUCUUUUUUUCUUUUUUCUAGGAGCCCUAUAUUUGUGUUUUUUGCGCGAUUUCUAUAAAAAUAAAAGUGAAUAAUAUUUUUUUUACCGACCACAACUAGCGACGUUCCAUUGAUGCUGGCUAGAACUAUGUUUUUUUUUUAAAGGACCAAUGGGUGGUCGGACGGCUCCUCCGAACUUCCGACAGCAGUUCGGACAGUCGCCCGGGCCUCUCGUCGCCGGUCCUUAUUUCGCGACGCCUCCUCCCGACGUCCUGAUGGACAUGAACACGGCCAUGAUGUCUGAUAUGUCUCUUGUAUGUUUUUCUUUUUAUAAAUCAUAAUUUUAAAAAUGGUCUAAAUCUAAUUGAAUUUCACGGUCGCUACGGAAUCAAAAAGGUUUUGAAUGUAAAAAAAAAAUUGAGGUACUUAGAAAACACGACUUUUCCUACUUUCAAUGCACAUAGAUGAGAUACAGCCAGACAUUUACUGAGUUUCCUUUUUCGAUUAAAAUUUCCAGAACUUGGCCUUUAAAACAAGGAAAAUUGCUUUGAAACAGGGAAAGUUUCUCUAAUGUAGCCACACGCUCGAUAAAAAAGAGAAAAGGGGGAAAAGAAGAAUUUUAAAAAAUUUUAAAACGACAUCGAAAUUGUUGUUUUAAGUCAUAAAACACGAAACUUUGAGUUUAAUUUGUGUUGUGUGCUUUCAAAGACAAUUGGCUGUUUGCUUCACUUUCACAUCGAGAAAAUCAGACUUAAAUAUAUUUUUAAAAUGUACUUUUGUGGGUGGAAAAUGAUUUUGAAUCAAUUUUUGAAUAUUAUUGGCAACGUUUGCGAAAUAUGCAUCUUUCGUUCAGAAAUUUCCACAAGAAGUACUUGUUUUUGUUUGACGGCAGAGAAAUCCAUCGUUUCAGUUCCUUCAAUCGGUAUGAUAUUUAGGGAGGACCUCCACCAAUGAUCCCGAUGCCCCAAAGGUCUUAUGUGAACAACGGCGUGAUCAAAGACUUCAACUCGCCCUGGCCGCCCCCGCAGCCUCAGUUCCCGCAGGAGGAAUUUUUCGACCCUAAUGUGACCCCUUACGGAGCUCCGAUGAAUGGCAUGCCCCAAGGCGUAGGUUUUUAUAGUUCUGUAGAAAAUAGAUUGCCUUUUGAACUUUCGGCUAGCAAGAUUUUGUUCUAAAAAUGUUUUAUUUAUAACUUUCCUGAUUCUCUUCUUCCACGCCAUGAAACUCUCACAACAGUGAACCUUUCAUUUCAUUUUAUCAGUAGGGAUUGUUCCUUUUUUGUAAAUUUACUGAACCAUUUGAAGUUUUGGCUCAAAAGAAUCUAAUCCAAUUAUGACCACCAAAAAACACGCACAACCUUUUUGCAAUCCAAUGUGGACUGGCUCUAGUGACACAUCCGUCCUUGUGUGUGACGGCUGUAGAAUCGGAAGUUGUGGUUUCCCACUACCAACAUUUCUUAAAUCCCUUGGUUAUGUCGAGAAUGAGGUCGAACUUGUGACCCUGUGGACCGUAGAGUGGCACAUAACCUAUUGCGCUACGGCACGCCACCUUUUUGCAAUCCAAUAAUCUUGGUCGAAACUUUAAUUCGGCUUUUCAGCGCGGAAGACCGCCGUUUGGACGACAACCCAACUCCGCGAACAACAGACCGCAACAGUUCUUCAGACCGCAGCAUAAUCCUCCGCAGCAGCAGCAAGUGUUCUCUCAAGGGAUGAUGGCUCAGCCCCAGCAACCUUUCUACAAUCAUCCGCAGACGAUACACCAGCAGCACGUCCAGCCGUUCCGACAACCAUACGCACCUGUUCAAGGUCUGCCCCUCAGAAAAUAAUAUUUGUUGAAAGAAAAAGUUGCAGGAAACGCGAUGGAUGAUUAUGCCAUGUGGACGGAUGAACAUGACGAGGAGGCCAAGAAGAAGAAACAGUUGAAGGACAAGGGUUUGCUCGGUUGGGGCGACGCCGAGGCCGUCAGUCAGUAUAAUUUCUUUUUUCUUAUUCUUUUUUUUUCGCGCGGACAGGACCAACUAAUCAAGAAGUCUUUGCCGACUUUUCCGUUUCAACUUUCUUGAUUUUUACCUUUAUGCUCAGUACUAUCGAGUUACAGUUCAUAGAAACCGUGUUAGAGAAAAGAUCUUCUCUUUCAAAAAGUUGACGUCAUCAAUUUUCCCACGUUUUUUUGGGGCCAUGGUAUUAUAGGAAAGUCAGAAAAUAACAAUUAAAAACCCUCUAAAAAAGAUCGAGAAAAUUUUGUGACUUAAAGUGACUUCAAAUUCAGCGAUUUUUAGUAUUGUUAUGACCGGAAAACUGGAUAAAACUCAUCUGACGCGACUAUUUACAGGGUGACAAAUAAAUAUUGAAACGCGUUUGAAACGUUAUAACUUUCUCAAAAAUCAACCAAACACCACCAAACUUGGAACAAAUUUUAUUCAUACAAUAUAGAAACAAAAUUCAAGAAUAGUUUUCAAAACGUCCUCCUUUAGCUUUGAUAACGGCCUUCAGUCUCUUUGGAUACGCAUCGAUCACGGCACGAAGGUAGUCGUCGUCGAUUUCGUCCCAUUUCUUGAUGAGCGCGGUCUUCAGAGCUUUGAUACUUGGGUAGUUCUUAGAAGAGACCUUCUCGGUCAGAUAUAUCCACACGGCAUAGUCCAUCGGGUUGAGGUCGGGCGAGGAAGCAGGCCAAUCAGCAGCCGAGAUGAACUCGGAAAAUUGGCGCGAUACCACUCUAGAGUCCCUUUGGCACGAUGAGCGGGGGCGCCGUCUUGCUGGAAGGUCCAUGGUCUGUUUCCGUAGUGAGAAUUGGCUCAGGGCAACACCCUCAACUUUAAAAUCUAUUCCCUGUAGUAUACUUGGUUCACUUUGACUUCAGGAUCCACAAAAAUCAGCGGAGUUUUGUCGUCAGCGGUAAUUCCGGAAAAAACCAUCACGGAAGCCGGAUGCGAAGUUUUAUUCAGAAUUUUUUCUUUUUCACAGGCACUCUGAUAGUCAGUAACGAUGAUCCGAUGAUUUUGGCCGUUCUUGUUCGCCUCCACAGUGAAGAUUUUCUCGUCGGUAAAUAGCGUCGUCAGAUGCGAGCCAUCUUUCGUGCCAGCGAGCAGCUUUCGAGCCUUUUUCAUCCGGAAUGUCUUGUUUUUUUUGACUGAGGAAGGCUCCUUUCUGCAUACGGUAGGGAAUCAUCUUCAGCUUGUCCUUGACAAUAGUUCUCAUCGAUCCUUGACUCAUUUCGUAUUCUUUUGACAUGUUUCUCAUGCUUCUUCCGGAGUGCGUCUGAUUUUCUCUCGAACGGCUUUGACUGCUUUUGGAGUCGUGACGGUGACUGGACGUCCCCUUCUUUGCAUGUCAUCUGAAGUACCGAGACGCCGAUAGCGUUGUGCAGAUCGAAAAACGAGAACACGAGACACUUUCAGCUUUUUACCGAUCUCUGAAUUCGUCAUUCCGUUUUUGACACAAUCAAUGAUUGCGGUACGGUACGGAGAUGGGGCCACCAUUAACUGAAAACUGAAAAGUAUGAGCUGUAACUUCAAACACAUGAUAAGUGAGCAUGAAUGAACGAAAUAAACAAAAAAAUUCGAAGGCCAGUCCUUCGUGCAAAAAGCAGCGAUCAAACAAAAAACGGUUUCAAUAUUUAUUUGUCACCCUGUAAUGUGUUCCCGGAGCUAUUACACUUCGUGAAGAAAAAAUUAGUUCGAUUGCAAAAGACCUAAAAAAGUUCUUUUCCAAAUUAAUUUUCGGAGUUUUUUACUUUCUUAGUAGCCCAUCUCUCAGUUUUUUUGAACAACAUUUCACUUAAAUUUUUUUUUGAAAAUUCACUGAUCUUAAUAAACCAGAAAGUUUGAACGAAGGGCAAACGUGCGUGAUCACAUAAAUACAAUAGAAAAAGGAAAACUUUUCGUAAGACCGAUUUGAUGAUUUCGUGGUUUUUUCGAUCUUGAUCUAAGCAUUCCGAUAAAGGAAGCUUGUUUACAGACUCUCAGCCUAUAAAGAACUGGCUGGUGGAUGAAGGCGAGGAGGAGGAUCUCGAAACGGCUUUGCAGCGCUGUCCGACCUUCCAGAAGCUCCGCAGACGUCCACAGGUUUUUCAGCGUUUCAAUUAUUAUCAAAUCGUAAACUUUAUCUGUGUAGUAUACAGCCGACUCAUGACUAGCCUGAGACAUCGAAAAAAUGGUACUGACAUGAUAAAAAAAGAGAUAUUGUUUGAUUAGUAGAGAGUGCAGACAGGCUAUAACUUUGGUUACAAGACAUUUAUACUUUCGGAGGCUUCUGAUCACUGAUUAAAAUGUCGGGUUCUCUCUUUGCAAAACCUGCUGUAUGGAGUUUUUUGAUUAACUCUUUUGUUAGUCGGUUUUUUUUUUGCUUUUUUCUUCUUUUUCCGUGAUUUUUCGUUCAUUUUGAGUUGAUAGGUGUGUAACAAGGCUUUUUCUGGAAUAUUUUUACAAAGAAAAAUACCCAUAAUUUUAGAAAAAUUUUCAAUUCAAUCGAGUUAACGAUUUGUUCAAACUGUAGGAUGUCGGCAGUCAAGAAGAAGAAGCGGAAACGAACGCGAAUUCGUCGAAAAACUGGUUGACAAUGCAGUCGAAGAAAAGCAUCGUUCCUUGUGGUUGGGGAGAUCUUCCUCCUGAGUAUGCCGAGAAGCUCGGUAAGAUUCUGAAACAACAGCUCUUAGGGAUAAGCUGCGAAGGUUUCCUGGUUGAUUUGGUGCCUACCUUGCUUCUCUAUCUCCAUUUUCCCUUUUUCGAUCGAAUUUCCGUUUCAGACUUCAAAACAUGGGAAGAAAUCAACGUCCCAACAACGAUGGUUUCGCCGCGCGACUCUGUCCAAAUGAGCAUGGCCCCGAUGACGUCUGCACCCAACGGAGGAGCGGUACCUUCUUCGACGUUACCGCCGGACCUCGAGAGAAUGCCCUGGAACCUGCCACACCAAGAACAGCGGAACCCCUUCUUCGCCCAGCACAUGAACCAGCAUCAACAGCAGCCUCAAGGAGAGCCUUCUUCCCGUUUCGGUCCCAACGAAACCUGGGUGCAGACAGAAGGCUUCCUGUCACGUCUGGGUGACGCCGUCGGCCUGGGUCCCGUCGACCAAGGUCCCGAGAGUGAAGAAAAGUUUGAGGGAUCUGCUGACAAAAUCGCUGAAAUGCUCAGGUUUGUUAGAAACUUUUUCGCGUAAUUUUUUUAACUUAUUCUUUUUAUUAAUUUUUAUUGGCUAUGAAUAAGUUAUCAUGCGGCGUUUACGGAUUCUGAAGGUCCAUGAAUACGUUCUCAGAACACAUUUCCUUUAACCGUAAUAUUCAAGCAAAGUAAUAAUAGUGAGAGUAUAAAAUGCGUAAUUAUAUAGUUAACUAAGUUCUCGCCGUUCAGAUAUGCUGUGGAGAAAGGUUAUUUGGAUAUGGAAAUGAUGACGCUCCCUCAACUGCCACCCACUGUCCUCGACCUUCUGUCGACGAUCCUCGUGAAGAUCCCAGCUUUGGACACGGUGGAGAGUGAAAUGAAGCAGUUGGUUCGUAACUUUUUCUUGUUUCUUGGUUUGAAAAAAAUAUUAGACUCAGGUUUUUUCUUCUUUUUUUUUUAACCAUAAAGUCGAAAUUCUAAUUUUCUUCCUUAUUCAUAAGAUCUACUGUGCAAUUUUCUGAGAAAUACAAAUUUUCGAACCUUUCUGGUUAUGCUUGCAGGCCUAGGUUUUGUACUAACUAUGAAAUUCGAAAAAGAAUAUCUUUACAAUCAGAACUUCGCAAAGGUAGUAACUAUAAAAGGUUUUGAUCGGAUCUUUUUGGAAAUUUUUUUUCGAAAAUUUCGUUUUCCAAUAAAAUCGAGCCUUCAGAGGCCUUUCCCAGUUACCCCUUUUUCAGCUUAGCAUCGAUUUCACCAGAACUUCAAACAUUUUUAGGCCGAAGAAUCUCGUCCUGCACACGUUGCAGCUGACGCUCAACCGACGACAUGGCUGAACGACGUUCAAAAAGUCGUACUCGACUUGUUUUGAAUUUGAAUUUAUCGAACUCUUUCCAGGUGGAGUACGAUCGUUUGGUCAUCAACGUUGUGACUUCGAAGAUCGAGGUCCAGGAGCUGUCGCGAAAGAUCCAUCGCGCCCUGGUCGAGGCAGGAGUGCUUCCGCCAGGCCGCGAAGCUCCUCCCAUGACCUUGCAACCAAAUUCGGCGGACUCUUCGAGCCACGCCCCCAACUCUCCGCCGAGUGCUUCCAUCGAGCCGGAGACGGCAAAUUCUGGACAGCCGCCUGUUCAGUGCGACUUCUACGACUACUCCUAUCUCUGA